GACCCACCGGACGUGCGGGCGUCAUUAGACGGCGGCGGCGGCGCCUCGAGUGUGCGCAGAGAGGGUUGCUCGCUCGCUCACCCGGCUGCCGCCCCCAGUGACGGUGCGGUCAGGACCGACGCACGGUGGAAGUGGUGCGCGGGUUUUCAUGUGAGCGCUGAGGAGCGGUUGCCGAGUUUCUGGUGGAGCGAUUGUUGGGAUGCUGGCGGAGCGUUGCUGAGUUGCUGGCGGAGCGGCUGCUGAGUUGCUGGCGUACCGGUUGCUGAGUUGCUGGCGAAACGGUUGCUGAGUUGCUGGCGGAGCGGUUGCUGAUUUGCUGGCGAAGCGGUUGCUGAGUUGCUGGCGGAACCUGGCUUGAGCCAAGACGCAGCUGGCGAUCGCUUGGAGCUGCGUAUAGAGGUGACGUCAGGAGUGUGCCGAAGCGAAGCCCGGGUCAGCCAUUCCCAGCAGCCUGCGAUGGUGCCGCGUCAUCCUGGCCAGCGCAAGCUCCAUGACCGCGCGCCUGUACCAGCCUGACGUAUUUAGGCGUGGCCGGCAACUCCCAGGGGCGUCAGCCUGCUGACACCCUGUGGAGACGUUCCUUCUGAAGUUGCCAACAUGGAGUGACCCAGAAGAAAUGGUCGGCAGUAAAGCGUGGGAUCGAGAGUCAACUGCGUUCAGAGACUGAAAAGGAAGCCUGCGCCUCCGGCCAACAUGAAUAUUCCUCUUCUGGGCCUCUUGCUGCUGUCGUGUAUGAACGAGGGUCGGCUGGGCGGCAGGGUCGGUGGGUCGGACCCACGGCCGAUCCGCCGGCGGCCCUACUUUGACCCAGCGACCCCGGCCAACGUGACGGCCGUGGCCGGCAAGGCGGCCUAUCUCACCUGUCGCGUCUGGGACAUCGGCAAUAAGACGGUGUCCUGGAUCCGACAUAGAGACCUGGCAAUACUCAGCUCGGGUCAGAAAACGUACGCCCACGACAACCGUAUCGUCCUGUACCACCAGCCGGACAGCAACGAGUGGGUGCUGAAGAUCAAGUACGUGCAGCCGAGGGACGCCGGAGUGUACGGGUGCCAGCUGCCGACCGCGCCGCUCAUCAGCCGGCCCAUCCGGCUGAAUGUCGUGGUGCCCACAGCUCGCGUCUUGGGCGAUGGCGAGAUCUACGUGGACGUGGGCAGUACACUGAAUCUCACCUGCACAGUAUCGCACAGCCCUGAACCCAUCGAGUUCAUCUUCUGGUACCACGACCGGGCCGUGAUCGACUACAACACGCCGGCGGGGCGAGUCACGGUCACGAUGGAGCGCGCGAGCACCACCGACUCGCACCUGACCAUCCGGGGCGCCCGCUCGGAGGACUCCGGCAUCUACACCUGCAGCCCCUCCAACGCCGACCCUGCCAGUGUCAAGGUGCACGUGCUGAAAGGGGAAAAGCCCGCUGCGAUGCAAACCAACCGCUGCCCGAGCCUGGCCGCCUCGCUGGCUCUGCUGCUGCUCCAGAUCGUCGGCGGGUUCCUCCUCUGAGAGAGGACGGCACCCUCGCCCGUCUCCGACGCGUGGGUAGAGGCUGUGUGGGCCAGCGGGGGCGGCCACGGCCGCGGCGGGGCGGCGGCGGCGGCCCGCUGCCAAACGCCGUCUGGGCGGGGCCUGCGCCAGUGGGGAAAACUGGUGGUCUCAUGGGUGGCGGCGGACUCCGCGAGGACGGCCUUUCUGCAGACGAUAUGUGGAGGACGAACGGAAGCGCGCGUACCUGCGGACUACGACGAGGAACGGCGGAGAGGAUUCUUGGUGAGGAGGCCUCUGAUGGGAAGACUCAUAAUGAGGACACCCGACGAGUGGACUCGCGGUGAGAGCCCAUUCAUUGUGAGGGGUAGCUGCUCUAGUCAUACGAUGACUCUUCGGACACUGGCCACAGUCGCUGAGCGCUGCGGCAUUUCACCAGUGUUUCACGCACCGAAAGUGCACGGUGAAUAUGCUUCCCGUGCGCCCGAAAUGUGUGGCUUCUUCUGGUCGAUGUUCAAGGUGGAUGCGAGGGUGACUAUUACUGCAGUGUAGCUGACGAGGUGGGACGUGCCGCAGGAGGGUGUCGACAAAUAAUCGCGAUAAUGCUCAUUUUACGGUGAAUCAUUCGGCCCGCAGGUGUUGCUCCUUUUUAAGUUAUUGCUGUUACCGCAUCCGGUUAUGACUGAGUGCAUAAUUUCACUGUCAUGGACUAUAUGUGCAUGCCAUUGGUGCGUAUAUAGCAUAAGAUAAUCCACAUCUGUAAAGUAUCAUUGACAUGUCGCCACGGCAGGGCUUCAGCUGUUUCCUGCUUUUAAUUUUGACGCUUUGUUCGGAGCAUAAGGGCCUCUGGAUUGUCGGACUGGCUGCCACCUGGAGCUUUACAACGUUGCUCCUGGCCCUAAAGCGCAGCUAGCUCAUUGGAGAGCGUACGGCAGUUGUAUUCCGUUUGGGGUCGUCUGGGCUGCCGACAUCGAGGACCGAAUCGGAGCACUCCAACAGCAUGGCACAUCCAAUCAGCGCGUCGCACGCGCCGUGCCAGGCGAUUUCGGAAGUUACGGCCGUUCUGGCCGUAUAUCCAAACCGAU